AUGUCGGACUUCAUGCAGAAGAUUUUUGACUCUAAAGACCCCAUUGUUGUAGACUGCUGGGCAACCUGGUGCGGCCCCUGCAAAGCCGUCGCUCCAAUCUUCGAAAAGCUCAGCGAGAGUUUCCCGCAAGUCAAGUUUUACAAGGUCGACGUCGAUGAACAGGCGGAAAUUGCUCAAGAACUCAAUGUCAACGCGAUGCCUACUUAUGUCUUCUUCAAGGAUGGGCAGAAGUUCAGUCAGGUUGUUGGUGGUGAUAUGAAAGCCGUUGAGAAGAAUCUCAAUGAUCUCGUUGCGUAA